CAAAAUGAAAGGAUUUCAAUAAAUCAAUAAGAAAAAAGGUAUAUAUAUAUAAAUAAACGUGUCAAGUAAGAAUAGUUCUUUAUCGCCUAUUCAUUUUACUUCCUUUCUUUCCCCGUAUACAUCUGUCAUUUUUUUAGUUCAAAACAAACAUUUAUCUAUUGAAUUGUCGACAAUCGUUUCGCUAGCGUGUAUGGAAGAGGCCUUUUUUAAACAAAUUGUAUUCCAAUUUAUUAUCGAGACUUUAUCAACCCUUUACGUUUUAACCAACUGAAAUAUUUAAGAAUGGUGAUUUAUCACAUGCAGACGGUUAUUUUUUGUUUGCUUUAAUAAUUUGGAAUAGUAAUAGGUUCGAGGACAAAAAAGAAAAAUGUAGUUUAAGUACACACUUUUUUUUUCAAUACUAACACUAUACCAAAUCAUGAAGAACACAGAAAUAUUUGUGAACCAUCAUCAGAUUCUGUUGUAAAUGCUGUGCUGCGCUAGUGAAAGAAGCACACUAGUGUUUCCGCUAUGCGGUAACCGGAAACGGACUAAAGAUGUUGUCAGAGACGACGCACCACUGACGCCAGUUCCGGGGAAAAUGAUCCCCGAUGAACCAAAAGAAAACCAUAGUCAGUCCGAUCCUGUGCUUCAAAAACAGGAAGUACAACCGACUGGGCCAGCUCCUGUGGUAAAUAAUAGGCCACAGGUUCAAGCGAAGUCCAACUUCUCAAAAUUAAGGACAAUGAGUGCCCCUGGUCGUCUGCUAGCGACAUAUCCGCUUUUGCCGACAUUCAAAUAUAGCGACAAGCUAGACUGUUAUGUCGACGACAUCAGUGCCUUAGAUCCGGACAUUCCUGGACCACACCCACCGCCGACAAAGAAGGCUGAAAUAUUCAAUCCGGCGGACUAUAUUGAUGUGGACAAUAGAGCUGUGAACACACCGAUCAAGUUUCAUCGACAGUCGUUAAAGGAUUUGGUGGACUAUCUUAUUGUUGGCUAUGACGAUGACAUGUCCAAAGUGCGGGUCAUUUACCGAUGGAUAACUAGCCAGCCUAUCGACUUCCUGCCAAUGAAGAAAACACCGUCUCAGAGCCAGUCUAUAUUUCAACUUUGGCGUAUCAAAAAUAAGAAAGGAAAUUAUGCCCAGCUUGUUAGCUUGCUAUGCAGAUAUGCGGACAUACCCUGUGUCAUCAUACAUGGGACACUUAAGGGAUCAACAUACGAGGUCGGAGACCGAAUCGAUGAUGACAAACACUAUGGUGAAUGGAACGCUGUCUUGGUCGACGGACAUUGGCGUUUUAUCAACGCUUAUUGGGGCACAUGCGCAGAGGGCGCUGGUGAUGAUUUCAUUCCGAAUGGCGAUGACGUCAUAGAAAAUGGCGACUCUGCAUCUAGACUGCAUUAUUUCUGUGACGAAAAUUACUUUUUGACUGACCCAGAUCAAGUUGUUGCAACGCAUUUACCGACAUUGCCAAACUGGCAACUUAAAAAAGACCCCCUGACUCUAACAGAAUUUGAGCAGAUGACAUUUGUUAAAGAUAGAUAUUUUAAUCUGAAAUUAAGAACAUUGACUCACCCAAAGUGUGUUGUCGUGAGCGAUUCCGGCCAGGUGGAAAUAAAGUUCGCGAUUCCUCGACAAUCGUCAUUGAACAUAGACUUUCAAUAUCUUCUCUUCCGUCUGGAAGAUGGUGUGGAGAAACGAAUUGACCGGUAUGUGUUCAUGCACCGCACCAACAAUAACGAGAAUCUCACAGUGAAGAUACGGUCACCGGAGAGGCAAGUGUACAGGUUCGAGCUUGUUGGCAAGGACGUUACCAUUGGGGGAGACAACUAUGACUAUGAUUGGAUUGCUAUUUAUAAAAUCAUUUUUAACGAGGGAAUGUAUGGGUGUAAACCGUUUCCACCAUCUCCGGCUAUAGGAUGGGGUCCAGGCCGCGUUGCAUUAGAUACAGGAUUGGUUCCACUCAGUCAUUUCUCCGGGGAGAUAGAAAUGGACGAUUAUGGAAAAGUGGAAAUUAAAUUUGGAAUUGCAGACAAGUCGAGUAUCGGUGACAUGUACUACACUGCCAAAGUAUAUACAGGUGGGGAAACAAUGGAGGAACUUCCGGAUUACUGCGUUCAUCGAGUUGAAAACGGUGACGUCAUGUUUAAUGCCAUGACACCGAAAAGGGGAGAAUUUGUUCUUAGACUGUUUGUUAAAGAUGGCCAUGAUGGUAAAUCGCGGGAAUUUUGUGAUUAUUUACUUAUAUCAAAUCAAAUAGACGAAAAUGGGAGGUUUCCGAAAGGAUUUCAAGCAAGACUGGGUCCUAAAAAUCCGGCUUUUGCAAUUUCUGGUCUUAGCCCUACGAAGGCGUCCGGAUUCAUCCGAACGGAAAUGGACGAAGUUAGCAUCGGAUUCUCUCGUGAUGAAGAUAUUGAACUGUCCGUGAACUUUUCAGGUGAAAAAGUUAAACCAUCAGAAGCACCAUUAUUAUUAACUCAGAAAGAAAAUGGACCAGUUGUCAACUAUUCUGUAAGAUUACCAGAAACAGGCCAGUACGGAAUAAAAGUUCGUGGAACCCGUGAAGAUGGCAAUGUGCACGAGCCAUUAUAUGAUUACGUCAUAGACUACCGAAAACCAAAGAAAAGAGUCAAAUCGGACCCAACGAUCGAACAAGAAGCGAAAAUGUUUGGAAGUACAGAUGAAGAAGCUGAGGAAAAAGAAAAUUUGGAGACUGAGGAACCUAAUGCAGAAUCAGAGUCAGACAACUUUACGGAUGUUCUACGUCGGCGCGUGCGCAUGGCGAUAGAGGAAAAUAGUCCGGAGGAAUUAAAUGCUGUCAUUAAAGAAAUGAAAACAUUAAAACUUCCGUCCAUUCAACCGGACAUCAAAUACGCAGAAGAAAUGCUGCAAUUAUUGAAGAUUAAGAAAGAGUUACUAAUAGGAAUCCGGGACAAAGACUCAAAAAAGAUCAAAGCAGCAUUAAAGAAGGUCAAGGCCGCUGGCGUUGAGGACAAACUUGAAAGGGAGGUCACAAUAGCAAGGAGUCUACUCCAAAGAUUGAAAAAGCUCCAGCGGUUAUUGCACGCGAUAUUAGACUUGGACCAGUCUACGAUAGCUGAAAUAAGAGGAUACAGUAGUCCACCUAAAAUAGUCCACACAGUGAUGAUAUCAACAUUGCUUCUCCUUGGUCACUGGGAGGACGAAACCAAGGAAUGGAAGAAUAUACAGAUAGUGCUCGGGAAAACAGGCAAGGAGUCCCUUAAGAGGCUGAUUGUGGAGUUUAAGAUAGAGAAGUGCCCACUGGAGGUUGCCAUGGGAGCUAAAGACUUUCUCCGUGACUACAGUAUCGACCAGGUUCGUCUAGUCAGUGCUGGAUGUGCUACCUUCUUUGUAUGGGUGAAAGGUGUUGUUGAAGAACUAGAGAAGAGGGCUGGUGAUGAAAUAAACAAUAUACGACCUUUGACCUCGAGAUCACGUCCAAAUCGCAGAAACAAAAGAGAAAUGACUUUCUUAGGAGAUCUGGAUAUAAAUUCUGCACGAUAGCUUUUUAUGUGAACUUGUUUGUUUAUGGAAACAUUAUAAUAAUGAACUAUGAAAAGGGUAUAGUUGAUUAUAUGUAUGCAUAGUUGAUAACAAUGUAUUCAUGUAUGCAGUAAUUUAUUGCAAUGUUUGUGCAAUUAAGUUUAUACGAGACUGUGUCAGAAUGCGUUACUAUUUUCUUCAAAAAGAUAUUGUUUAGGAUUUUGUAAUAUAUAUAUAUAUAUAUAUAUAAAAAAAAGAAGUUCGAUUCCUUGUGUGGAUCUCAUGUAUAAAAAAAGUAUGUUUUGGGAAAUGCACAGUACAAA